GGAGUCGAAGAUGCAAAACAAACUGGAAACCCAUUAACGAUCGCCAAAAAAGAAAACCCGCACCCACCCAGAGAAGGAAGGAAGGAGCGGAGAAACUAACUGCACCAAGAUCGAAUCUGUAGCUCUGAUUGGAAUGGCGACCAGUAAGGGCUACUUCGCUAGACCAAGCUACCGUUUCCUCCCCGGGGACAGAGACAGAGAUUCCCCGCCCAUGGCUUCCGAUUCUAUGUUUGAAUUCGACGAGUCCGACAUUUACAACUCGACUCGCAACAACUCGCCCGAGUUUCGGAAGCCCAUUAACGCCUCCCACGUGGGCAGGAAAUCAUCUUCGUCCAAGCUAUCGGAUAACGGAGGCCGCGCCGCUGGGACGCCGGCGUCGCUUCCGGUCAACAUUCCGGACUGGUCGAAGAUCCUCGGAGAGGAGUAUAGAGAGAACCGGAGGAGAGACAACAUCGACGACGACGACGAGGAGAGUGACGAUGGAUGCGACGGAGGCAGCGGACGGGUGCCUCCGCACGAGUUUCUGGCGAGGACGAGGAUGGCCUCAUUCUCGGUGCACGAAGGGGUGGGAAGGACUCUGAAGGGGCGAGAUCUCAGUAGGGUCCGAAAUGCAAUUUGGGCCAAAACCGGGUUCCAGGAUUAGUUCCAGCAACAGCAUAACCGAGAUUUUUUUUUUGUCCGCCUGAUAUUUUUGUUUUGCGAGUAUUAGUGUAUUCUCGAUGGGAGGAAGAGAUUUCAAUUUUCAAUAUUUGUAUUGAUUGAUGAGAAAUCUGAGUUUGUACUGGGAUUCGAAGAGGAAACAGUGAGGAUUUUCCUGGGUAUAAGAUGGAUCCAAAUUACAGACC